AUGUCCGGGAAGCGCUCCAAUCCGAGCAAGGGUGACCAAAAGGUGAAAACCGGGGCAUCGGAGAAGAGGAAUGCCUUUACCGAACUUCUGGCUCCCAAAAGCAAGCAACCCAAGCACGCGACCAAAACCCCGUCUGAUCGCAAUGCGGCAAAGGGCAGGACUGCAUUUGGUGUCCGCGAUGGACUGGGCGCCUACAUCUCAAAACCUGAGACAUACUCUCCUGAUAUCUUAGUUUACCAUAAUGACGACUUCGUGGCGAUCCAUGACAUGUUCCCAAAGUCAUCGCUACACCUCCUCCUUCUCCCCCGCGACCAGACCAAAACGCGCAUGCAUCCAUUUGACGCUUUCGAGGACGCCAAGUUCCUAGCAAAAGUGAAGGCCGAAACUCGAACCCUCCGCAAGUUGGCAGCGAGCGAGCUGCGACGCAAAUAUGGCAAGGAUUCUGUGCAGGAGCAAGCGAGACAGGCGGCGCUGAGCGCUGAUCCGCCGCCCGAUAAGCUACCGCAGGGUCGGGACUGGGAACAGGAGAUCGAGGUCGGCGUGCAUGCGGUACCAUCUAUGAACCACUUGCACAUUCAUGUAUUGUCAGUGGAUAGGUAUAGCGAGCGCUUAAAGCACCGGAAACACUACAAUAGCUUUUCAACACCAUUCUUCGUGCCAAUUGAGGACUUCCCGCUGUCGAAAGAUGAUGUGCGACGGAAUCCGACGGAAGAGGGGUAUCUAAAGCGAGAUUUUACUUGCUGGCGCUGUGGCCGAGGCUUUGGGAAUCGGUUUGCAGAACUGAAGCAACAUCUGGAGCAAGAGUUUAAAGAAUGGAGAAAAUUGUGA